AUGCCUUUGCUGAUGACUAUCCCCAGAGGCGGGGCUCUCUCAACCUUGUUAGAGACCUACCGAACGCAGGCCGAGUUCUUAGUGGUUUACUUGGAGGAAGCACAUGCCAAGGGGGAGUUUGGUAUGGGAAGCAAGAUGAGUAGGAACUCUAGACACACUUCUAUUCAUGACAGAAUCAACGCUGCAAAGGAUCUUGUGGCGCUGGACAAAGCUUACCACGGAUGUUUGAGUGAAGACGUUUCCGACACCAGCCGAGUGCGUGUCGUCGUGGAUACCAUGGACAAUUCAUUCACGUCUCGAUUCGACGCAUUCCCCGAUCGCGUCUUCAUCAUCCACGACGACAAAGUCGCCUUCGUUGGUUCCGACAUCAUGGACCAGAUGGAACAUCCCGAACAGCUGAUGACCGACGAAGUCCGUGAGUGGCUCAAAGAGAGAAUGUAA